GUAUAAAAGGCGGCGAUGUGUACCACAGGUUCGUCACAACUUGACGAGCACUCGAACGACACGUUGGUCCUACUCUUUUACAUUACAUCACUGGAACGAUCCUCACCCUCGAUCAUGAAGACGAUCCUCGCAUUCGCGACGCUGCUUUUCGCGCCUGCAAUUCUGGUCGCUGCGAAGCCUCAUCCACCCGAGUUGCCACCCCAAAUAAAAGCUGCGCACGAUGUGUGCAUGGAAAAGCUCGGAGUAACAAGGGAACAGCUCCAAGAGCAAAGGAGGAACGGUGCGAACGAGAAGGAGGACUGCUUCAGAGCCUGCGUUGAUAAGGAACUCGGCAUUUUAACUGCCGAUGGAAAAAUCGACAAGGAAAUGGCUGUUAAGGACUUCCCCCCUCACAUUCCCAAGGAUAACGCGACUAAGAUCGUUGAGGCCUGUUUCGAGAAAAAGGGUAGCAGCGACUGCGAAACAGCCGCCAUGUAUCACAACUGCGUAAAGAAAAUGGCUCCACGACCACCGAUGCACCCUGAGCUACAGAAGAUGCACGAUGACUGCAAGAGCAAACUGAAUCUGAGCGAUGAGGAUCUCGAGAAAAUGGAGCGCGAGGAGGAGAAGCUGAAGGAAAACUGCUUCUUCGCUUGCAUGGCGAAAAAAGUUGGCUUUAUGAACGACGACGGCACGCUGAACGAGAAGGUCCUCGUCGAAAAGUCACCGCCAUUCGUGAAGAAGGAAGAGGCAGCUAAGGUCGCCGAGUUGUGCGGAAAGCAAAAAGGCGCCAACGAGUGUGAAACCGCAGUGAUGAUCCACAGGUGCAUGAGAGACAAUGAUUUUAAGCUCGCUCAUCGCCAUGGCCCAUAUCCGGUAUUGCCGCAAUAAUUAAUGCGAUCAAAUCCAGCCGGAUUUCCCCGACUAAUCCUCAAGGUUUAUCAUAAUAUUAGUCGUAGCGGAUAAGUUGUUUUUCAUCAAAUAGAUCAACGCCCGAAUGGGUUUAGAGUUAAGGUCAAUAUGGCUAUAUAGUGAUAAAAUAACGUGAACCAGUA